CGUUUUCACGCGACGGGACCAAUUGAAAGAAGCUUUUUACGGGCCAUUAAUCUCCUAUUCUGUAGAGACUACUGUGGAGAGAAAGGGGGCGUAAAGCUGGUUUCAGAGCUCACCAUCCACAGCGCAGCCCAGGUUAGACUAUAGUAAAACUGCCUUUGGUAAAAUAAACACCUUAGAACUUUCGAAAGAGUUAGACAGUUUGACUACCUUGGAGGGAACACUGUAGGAUUUACAGCGUUACACGAAGGAAUCGGAAUAUAUCAGCAAACGGCAGCGAACAGUUGGAACACCCUGGAAUAUAAUUUCUGGGCUACAACUCCAGAAACGAUACCGUGGUCGACAAUAAACAUUUUGGGAAUCUAUACAGGAUUGGUCCAUCCGACUCUCGGAGAACGCAGACCUCAUUGUGAUGGUACACCUCGCAGAGUCAGGAAGCGCUGUCUAGAUUGGACGAUGGUCCAGGAAAGGUCUUUGGAGCUCGAACACACCCCCGCGGCCGCCCUGGGCCAGGGGCGAGAGUGACGACCCCACGUUCCCCCGCAGCAUGGUGUAGCCGGAAAGCAGCGCAGUCAAGAUGAUGGCCUCCGUCAUCGCCGGCGGCAACCGGGACCGGCAGUCGCCCAUCCUGAGGGGGGUGGAUCCAGAGACCUGCAUGAUCGUGUUCAAGAACCACUGGGCCCAGGUGGUGAAGAUCCUGGAGAAGCACGACCCACUGCGCAGCGGGAUGGGGUUCGGCGGGGGGAUGCGUUUCGGGCCCAUCCCGGGCGACGAGGCCAGCGCGGUGCAGAACUACGUGGAGCACAUGCUCUUCCUCCUGAUGGAGGAGGACAGCGGGCAGGCGGGCGCCAUGGGCCCCAUCCUGGAGUUCGUGGUGACGGAGAACGUGAUGGAGCAGCUCUUCCUCUGGAGCCUGAGGCGGGAGUUCACCGACGACAUGAAGGUGGAGCAGCUCAAGAUGUACGAGAUGCUGGUGGGCCAGUCCCGGCAGCCCCUCCUGCACCACAAGCCCAUCCUGCGGCCCCUCAUGAUGCUCCUGGGCUCCUGCGCCGGGGCCGGGGCCCCCGCCGUGGAGGCCGAGCUGGUGCUCCUGCUCAACCAGCUCUGCUCCAUCCUGGCCAAGGACCCCUCGGUCCUGGAGCUCUUCUUCCACACCAGCGAGGACCAGGGCGCCGCCAACUUCCUCAUCUUCUCCCUGCUCAUCCCCUUCACCCACCGCGAGGGCCGGGUGGGGCGGCAGGCGCGAGAAGCCCUCCUCUUCAUCAUGGCCCUAUCGGCCGAAAACCAGGUGGUGGCCAAGCACAUCGUGGAGAACACCUACUUCUGCCCGGUGCUGGCGACAGGGCUGAGCGGUCUGUACUCGUCCCUGCCCACCAGGCUGGCAGUGCGGGGUGAGGACUGGCACUGCCUCCAGGUGGAAGACUGGCAGCAGAUUCCCGCUCUGGUGCAGUUCCUCAACUCCCUGGAGUUCUGCAGCACUGUCAUCCAGGUAGCCCAUUCCUCGAUCAAAAACCAGCUGGUGGGGUACAUUUAUAACGGAUUCCUUGUGCCUGUACUGGCCCCGGCUCUGCACAAGCUGACGGUGGAGGAGGUAAUGACCACCACGGCGUACCUGGACCUCUUCCUGCGCAGCGUGACCGAGCCCGCCCUGCUGCAGACCUUCCUCAGCUUCGUCCUGCUGCACCGGCACGAGAACGUGCACAUCCUGGACACGCUGGUCAGCCGCAUCAACACCCCCUUCCAGCUGGGCACCGUGUCAUUGGCCCUGUUCCGCACUCUGAUUGGUUUAAACUGCGAGGACGUGAUGCUGCAGCUUGUCUUGAGGUACCUGAUCCCCUGCAGUCACAUGAUGCUGAGCCAGCGCCGGGUGCUGCAGGAGAGGGACUGCUACUCCACGUCCGCCGCCAAAAUCCUGAGCCUCUCCCCCUCCUGCUGCGCCCCGGAACUCCAGCUGGACCGCAUCCACUGGUCGAAAAGCCCGGAUGGCCCCCUCCCAGGAAAUACGGGCACGGAGAAGCUGCACUCAGAUGAGGAUGGCUCUGGGUUCUCCUGUGUCAUUGGGCCUGAGAUUCUCACGGACGUUAGCUACCUUCGGUAUCUGCAUGAUGCCCGUAUCUGCAUCACCGUCUGCGUCAAGGCGUGUCACGUGUGGUCAGCCCCGUACGACGGCGUGGACCCUCCCCCCGAACUUUGCCAGGGCAACCCCCUGGACGAGUCGGGAAAGCCGUCCAGGAGGACGCAGAGAGCCCGCCCCUCCUCGGACCUGGGCUCCUCCGGGGAGCAGGUCAACCACCUGGAGCUGGAGUGGGACGACAGUUACGAUGCCGUCCUGCCCCCCGAUGAGGAGACCAGGCCCCCAGUUCCUGCUGAGCCCCCAAAACACAUCCAGGAGAUGAGGAAGAACGCCAUCAUGCUCAUCAAGGGCUCCUACAUUGAGGAAUCCGACUUCCAGGAUGAUGUACUGGUCUACAACCUCAUCGCACAAAAGGACACCAGGGAUUUAGUGGAACGCAGCCUGCCAAAGGCCCAGAGCACAGGGCCAGUUAAAGACCACCAGCAGGACGAGCGGCUGACUCAGGAUCAGCCCACCCAGCCGCUAAGCAAUGGUCUGAGCUCUCCACAGCACCCCCCAGUGGCGAAAGAGCAGAACAACAAUGCCUUUGACCACAAUUCCAAGCUGCACAUUCGGGCAAGCCAGACCAGAGAUGACUUCAUGUCCCAGUACUACGAGCUCAUCCGCGCUUUGGGGGCAGACCCAACCAGCCCGGUGAAAGGAGAGAGGCAGUUCCGUAAGCCAGUCAGCCCUGCGGAAGAGGACGAGGUGGACUUUACAUCGUUCGACAUCGACUCGCCAGAGCUAGAGAAAACUCCCUCGCCAUUUGGGUCAAAAAACCAGAGCGGGACCUGGAUUCAGGGCGUACCUUUCACAGGGCCGUUCAUCAGCGUGCUGCUGUCCCGGCUAGAGAACAUGCUGGAAAACUCCAUCCACGUGAACCUGCUUCUGACGGGCAUCCUGGCGCAGCUAGCCGCGUACCCCCAGCCUCUGCUGCACUCCUACCUGCUCAACACCAACAUGGUGCUGCAGCCGAGCGUUCGCUCGCUCUACCAGGUUCUUGCGUCUGUGAAGAACCAGAUCGAGCAGAGGGCUGCAGCGAAGAAAGACUUCCCAGAGCUGGUGAGGGGUGUGCGGCAGCACAUGCUGGCCCGAGACGAUGCCCUCCGCAGCCGAGAGGUGCUGCUCUCGAACGGAGACUGGCUUCCCAACGGACCGGAGGACAGGACGCCACUCGUCGGCAGCAGGGUCACGAAAAACCUGCCUCCCCCUCCCAAGAUCCCUCCCCAGCUCCGGAACGGGGUGUUCGCCACGGUCCUCUUCGCGGAGUUCCUCAAAGAGCUGGCAGCCUUUGCUCAGGAGCACUCUAUACUCACACACACGCACCAGGAGGACUAGAGCUCUAAUCCGUGUGUGUGUGUGUGUGUGUGUGUGUGUGUGUGUGCGUGCGUGUGUGUCUCUGUUACUUUUACUUUUUAAUCUCUGGAUAUCUGAAUAUUUUUUAAAAGACUUUUGAAAUAUAUAUUUUUUAUCUCAUGUUCCUGGCACUACUUGAUUACAAAGAUACCUCUUUGGUGAACUUCUAUUUUCUGUCUUCAAAAAGUUUUUUUUCAAUUAUAUUUUUAUUUGAUUUUCACAAGGUUAAAAUAAGAUCACUGUAGACCAGCAGUUGUGUUCAGUUCCUCAGCACAUAAAGGAACAAGGCAAGGCAAGUGGGGAGGAACUAAAAGAUUUUUAAACACAAUAUAUAAAAUUCAGUUAUCUAUGGCAAAUGGAAGACAAUGUUUAAGGUAUCAUUCCGUAUCACACAUUACAUAGUUCAUGCGGGUUUUCAGAUUUUAAAAAGGGAUUUAUAUUGGGUGAAUGUCCUUCCUUGAACUGUCUAGACCACUCCUGUCCAAAUGCACCAGGUCAGGAAAAGCCAUUAUUCAACACUACCCUUAAAACUGUUUCGGGUUUUUCCUCAUUUUUUGAGUGCAUUUAAUUAUUAUGCAUUAUACAAGCACAAGAGCACAAGUGUCAAUGUAUUGCUUCUUAUUCACUACAGAUGAGCCAGGGGAUAAGGCAGGUUGCAUCAAAAUAAAUCCUGUUGAGAAUGUGAUCUCAACCUAAUGAAAAUACUGUUUCUCAAGAUCACUUCUGUUAGUAUUUUCACAACUAGUAAUAAAGCGCGUUUACAAAAAAAUUCAGAGCCUUCCGUAGGGUAAUAACUGCUGCAAAUCCUCAAAGUUUUUGAUUUCCAGAAUAUUCACUGUGCAGCAGUAGUAGGUCAAAGUGAUCUGUGUUGUCAACAAUGCCCCCUGUUACACAGGGUUAAAUGCUCAGUGCUCUACAAUGACUUUGGAAAGCCCUUUAAAAUGUUACGGAACAGUGAAAUAGUCAACAAUCCUCCUGCAAAGAAUCCCUUUAUUGCAAUUAAUCUGAUCACAUGCUUUCAGUUUUUUUUUCAGCAAAUCUGUAUUUGUUAGUAAUACCACAGGUUUGAUGACCAAAGAAGUGGUUAAAGGUCUGAGGCCUCAGUAUUUAAUUAAAGUAAUCUCUUUAAUCACUUAGUUAUACGUGAAAUCUUCCUGAUUGUCAAUGCCGGGAACGUGAAGCUUGUUAUGCUACGAUUGACACGAAACAGACUCAUUUUUAGAUUCUGCUAUAAAUCUGUGGCCUUACACUUUUUGAGCGGUGGCGCUCACAUGCUCAAGGUCAAGGUUGAUAACAUAUUUAUCCAGCACAGCGUAUGAACAGCAGCGCCUAGCCCCCUGAGCAUCGAUUGUAUAAUCCUAAGUAAUCGAUGACGGUAACGCGAUCAAAGGCAUGUCUUUGUGCGGUAUGAUUCAAACGUGGAACAAGCGCUCUCUUAACUCACGUUUAACCCUUAAGACCCGUGGGAUGCCCUGACUGUUUUGUUUACCGGUAUCUUUCUUCCGGAUUGCUGGAUUUACUCAAUGUGGACUAACUGGUCUGGAAUUCGCCAGGGGGCAACUAUUGCACAACGGUUUCGUGGCUGUCGUGGUCGUGUGAGAAUCCUUGUGUCAUUCACAGUCAUAGCCUGGGAAACUGGGGAAGGGUAGUAGAACUUGUCAGUCUGUUCAUAGCCAAGUUGAGAAAGCUGGGAAUUGUAUUUUUAGCCAAGAGUCACACCUUCACCUUUCAGAGUGUUGUUGGAUCUUAGGAACUUAAAAUAAUUUGGGAAUUGCUUUAAUACAGCAGACUGGAACUUUAUUGAGACAAUGGGCCUCAUUCACAAAACUUUUCUUAAAUGAUUCUUAUUUUUGUUUUUAACGAUGUUCCAAUGAAAAACCAAUAUGGGAUUCAUGACACAUGUGCAGACCUUUGUUUUUGUGCGUAUCCCAGGUGUAUGAGACGAUAAAUGCUGACUGUUAAUUCUAUGUGCAAUCCUGUUUAUGUGAUUUGCAUAAGGAAACAGCCUUGAGCAAAUACAGUUACAGAAAAACAAUGAUGAAUGACGAAAUGUUCUUGGAAAUGUUCUUACACACAGUUUACGAUCAAAUGUGAUUGUAUGCAUGUUUCGUGAAUGAGGUGAAUGUACCCAGUACUGCAAUGAAGCUUUCACUCCUGAGGGUGUCCUGAAGAAGUGUACAUAAUAUUCAAAUGUGUGUCCCCUGUCAAAACUUGUAACUAGUAAAUCAAGGUUGUCAUUAUCCCUGAAAACCUCAAAGACAAAAUUUAUCUUUAAUAUCCUAUGGGUUCAAAGGCUACUGCUUAUAAUAAGUGUUCGAUUUCAUGUCAGAAAAAGGGUUUGUGAUCAGGUUUCAAACUCCAAAAUCGGCAUUGUAAUUGGUGGGAUUUAUAAAUACCGUGUAAAUGUUUGAACAACCCUGUUGUCCGUUAUCUGAAGCUCUACUUUGUCGUUUCACCACAGGGAGCUAUUUUCUGUGCUCCUUGAUAUCUAGCGUAGCUCUCAAUGGCUGAAUGUGAGUUGCACCAGGCUAGCGAAGGGCUCCGUCUCCAUGUCUACCAAAGGUGGCGCUUUCCUGUGCAUGGAGCGAGCAGCCGCCUUUCACCCCACCCUUUCAUUCUGCCAGCUGUAAAAAAAAUUGGGGUGAGGGUGGGGGUGGGGGGAGAGGGCUCAGUCAGUCUGUCAGAGUGGCUCGGGUAACCUCGGGAAAGCUGCGCAAGUUGAGCUUUGGAAAAUGGCGAUUUUUUUUUUUUUAAAGAAAAGUUAAAACGUCUUCUCUUGUUUUUGCCUCUGCGGUGUCAUACUAUAUUUUAAAGCCUUAAUUCAGUGCCGCUUGCACUUGUGUAUAUUAGUUUGAAGGAAAAGAUUCUAUGCAAGUUAGAAUAAAUAUGAAAAAUGAACAUUUUCUCAGAUGGGGAGGGGGUAAAAUGGUAUUUUUAUUUUCCUUGAGAGCAAUAAUAUUUUUAUGUGUGUUUUUACAUGGAAUUUGCACUAUGAAAAUGUUUGAUUUCCUUCUUCCUCUACGUUUGUCACGCAUAAGCAUGUAAGAAUUCUGUUGGGAAAGAGGACCCCUGACGAAACUUGGGAAUUCCAACAAACACACAGAAAUAUUUUCAGCAGCGGUGUUUAUGGGAGAUGGAGUUCAGAGGUAGAGGUGUACUGCGGGUCAGGGGAUAAUAUUGCAAUAACUCUGUACUUCUCUGUCCAUCAGUUUCUCUGUAGUGCUGUGCCUGAUGAACUUACCCCAGGCCAGAGCAACAGGUGUCCAGCUUCUACCAGUACACCCCACACAUGGCUAUCAACGGAGAUGCCCUGAUUGGGUCAAAUUUGUUGCCUUGAUUAUAAUGGAAAUAUAUAUUUAUAACUGUAUUAUCUUUAAUGUCAAUUUCAUAAUUGAAGAAGAUAUACUUUGCAACUACAAGGGCGUGCCGCUAUUGAAUUGAUUGGUAGGGCAUCGUUAUCACAAUUUUAAUGAUGAAAGUUGUGCCUAAAUUUGGGUGAACUUAUUUCCUCUUGCUGCCUACUGUCCACUCUCUCCUGAGGAUGAAGUUUGUUGCAGUCAGGUUGGUUUCUGUACAACUUCCAGCCACCCAGGAAAGUAGAGUACAUAAACCAGGGGCUGGAGAAAGAGAAGACUGCUUACGUGGUGCAUGUUGUCCUGUGCUCCUUUGACAAGGUGUCUUUCAUUCUUUUCUCUGUUUGUGGUGAACAGUGAGAUCACUUCCUGUACAUGCCUGUCUGCUCAUUUGAAAAUGGAUGCUUCCGCAAGCAAAUGGCAGUGUUCGCCUUGAAACAAAGUUUCUGAGGACUUAACGGAAGCGGACGAGAUUCCUCCCAAAGAGUUCUACUUCCUCUCUCCUCUGCAGUCUCACAAAUACGUAUUUUUGACAGUGAUAAACCGAGAACUCCUCGGAUUCCUUUUUCAUGUUCCUAAUGUUCCUAGUUUGUAACUUGGCACAGGUGCUUGCAUAGUGAGUGAUUUCUUGAUCAAUAAAGUUAUUUUAUGUUUUACA